UUUUUUUUUCAUUGUUAUCUUUAUAAUAUGGAAUCUGAUUCUCAAACAAACAAUUCUAUUACAGAACAAACAUUAGGAACAUCAUCAGAUAAUAAUAUAGACCAAACUACAACUGAAAAUGAACAACAAGAACUUGAAGUAGAGACAAAUGUCGCUGAACUUCCAACAAAUACUACAGUAAACGAAUUAAGGCAAAGACAUGUACCUAAUAAAGAUAAUACAAAUGUAACAUUAAAAGCAACAGACAAUUAUAAAGAUGAUGUUAAUUCAAAUGGAGGUGGUUUUUAUGAAUGCAAUAUUUGCUUUGAUACUGCAGUACAUCCAGUCUUAACUGUAUGUGGACAUUUAUUCUGUUGGUCUUGUUUAGCUCAAUGGUUAAAUGCACAAUCUAGAAAUCCAACUUGUCCUGUUUGUAAAGCGGGCUGUGGUAAAGAUAAAGUAAUUCCAAUUUAUGGUCGUGGUAAAGAAGAAAAAGACCCAAGAAAUGACCCGUCUAUACCUACAAGACCAGCUGGACAAAGGCCACCGCCUAUUCGUGAUCCUAAUAGACCUGCAACAUCAUUUUUUGGUCAACCAUUUACUGGAGGUGCUUUUAAUAGAGGAGGAAUAUCAAUUUCUGCAGGAUUUGGGUUUUUUCCAUUAGGCGUCACUUUUGUAAACAAUAAUAUUUCAAAUGGUAAUUCACAGCAACAACAAACACCACAAGGUGCAUUCAUGUCAAGAUUAAUCAUGAUGUUAUUAAGUUUAUUAGUUAUUGCUAUCAUUUUUGCGUAAUUAAAUGUUAUCUAUUCAAGUGGUACUCCUUUUGCUUUAAUUUAUAGUUGCAUAAAUCUAUUAUUUAUACAGUGUGACAGUCCUGUAUUGUACCAAAUCCUCAUAUAAAUAUGUAUAUAAAAAGAGCUCUAUUUCUUUCUAUUAACAAAAUAUACAAAUUCUCAAUUUUAUAUCUCUUGAGCUAAUAUAUGCCAUCUUUAGCCCCGUUUAUUAUCAACACUAUUUCAUUCUAAUGAUAGUUUUGUUAGGACUUUAUUAUUUUCAAAUACACCCUAUAUCUAAUUUUAUCUUUGUACUCUAUGAUGAAAUAAAAAUAAACAAGC